GAAGUUGUUUAUUUAACCACAGACGGAGGCUUAUUUGUGUAUCUCAAGCUAGUUUUGUGGAAAUGUAGAUGUCGGUUUGCUGUUUUCGCUCAGUGUAUUUUAAGAAAAGUCUCUUCUGUUGAAGAUAAAGUUUCCACGAGUUCAGCCAAGGACAACAAGCAAGGCUUGUAAGUGCAUUAUGCCCGAUGAGAUGUCGAAGCCAUUAAUCAGAGAAAGGGGUGAAGGGGGAAGCUCCAGGCACCUAGAAGCGCCCAUGUCUGACCCCGGCGAUCCAGUGAUCGGCAUCCUGGGCACAGGUGACUUCUCCCGAUCACUGGCCAGAAGGCUCGUGGCCUCCGGAUACCAAGUGGUGGUGGGGAGUCGAACCCCGAAGCGCUCUGUGGCUCUGUUUCCUGCUGAAGCCGAGGUGACGUCUCAGAUGGAGGCCGCCAGCCAGGCCGACCUAAUCUUUGUGGCCAUCUUCUCUGAGCACCACUCCACCCUGAUGCCACUGAAGUCGGUGCUGGCAGGAAAGACUCUGGUGGAUGUGAGCAACGGUUUGCACAUCAGCCAAGAUGGCCCCUCCAACGCUGAAAUGCUGGCAGACUUUUUUCCGGAGAGCUGUGUGGUCAAAGGAUUUAACACCAUAUCAGCCUGGACGCUUCAGAUGGGACCUCAAGAUGGAAACAGGCAGGUGUUUCUUUGCAGUGACAGUCAGAAGGCCAAAAACUCAGUGAAGCAAAUCUGUCACAGGAUGGGCUUCAUCCCCGUUGAUAUGGGCCUACUUUCUUCCUCGCUGGAGGUUGAAAACCUCCCGCUCUAUCUAUUUCCCUCCUGGCGCGUCCCCAUCCUCUGCACCUUGUCCCUUUUCAUCUUCUUCUACCUGUACAACUUCCUCAGGGACGUCUUACAACCCUAUAUCACAGCCGGGAAGAGCUCUUUCUACAAAAUGCCCAUAGAGAUUGUAAAUGUCACUCUUCCCUCUGUGGCCUUGGUGAUGUUGGCACUCGUUUACCUCCCCGGUUUGUUUGCCGCCUUCCUCCAGCUGUGGUGGGGCACAAAGUAUAACCGCUUCCCUGGCCGGCUGGACCGGUGGCUCGUCACAAGGAAGCAGUUUGGUCUGUGCAGCUUCCUGUGUGCUGUUCUCCAUGCCAUUUAUAGCCUAUGUCUGCCUCUAAGGAAGUCUGCACGCUUCAAACUCAUCAACAUGGCUUAUAAACAGGUGAAGGCUGGCGUGGAGGACUCGUGGGUGGACGAGGAGGUGUGGAGGAUGGAGCUGUACCUGUCUGUGGGCAUCAUGGCCCUCGGGCUGCUCUCCCUGCUGGCUGUCACCUCGCUGCCUUCAGUGGCCAGCACCGUUAACUGGAGGGAGUUCAGCUUCAUACAGUCUACAUUAGGUUACUGUGCCCUGUUCAUGGCCACCGUCCACACUCUCCUCUAUGGGUGGAAUCGCGCCUUCGAUGCAUCCCAGUACCGCUUCUACCUUCCCCCCACCUUUGUUCUGGUUCUGCUCCUCCCCAUCUUGGUGCUGCUGGGCCGCCUGGCGCUCUUCGUGCCCUGCGUGGCCGGGCGGCUCAGACAGAUCCGCCGCGGCUGGGAGCAGAGCCGACACAUCCGUUUCACCCUGCCGGCCGAAGACUGCCGCAACGGGCUGGAGGACAUCAGCAACGUCUGAGGGAACGCUCCAUAUCGGCACAAAGGGGAUCAAAUAUUUAUAUUCUUCUGGAAUAUAUCAAAAACUCGCCUCUUUUGGUCCUUAAUUAGCUGGAAGACCCUCAGAGAUCCAACAGAGGGGUGAUCGUUAACCUUAAAGCACUACAAACGUCAGCAAUGACCAGUUUGUUUCUAUGCAUUUGUUUUCUUUGUUUAAAGAAUCAGUCAAGCAGAAGAACCGUGUUAGUUUUUAACUUAAAUCACUGUUACAGCUUAGCAAAGCUAAAUCAGCUCAUAUGUGAUCUUUAGCCUUUAUUUUGGCUUUUUUUUUUUUUUUUUUUAAUGCUUGCAUUUCAGAUCCGGUGUAGAUUUAGCUCCAUCUGCACACUAAAAACAAUAAAACUGAGCACACCCAACAUUUUAUAUGAUCAAACUAAAUAAGUUAUAUAAACUUAAUAUAUUAUAAGCUUAAUAUAUUAUAAUAAAGUCAGAACAAAGUGGAGAAAGUCACCUGAUGUCAGAUGUGAAGCUCCAAUGGAGUCUUUGAAAAAGUGUAAAGUUUUCUCAUGAGAUACUUAUUUUCCCACAAUUAACUUCCAUUCUCAUGUGAUUUAGAGCUUCGUCCUGGUCGUUCUUAACAUUUGUCUAGUCAGGUUUAAUUUCUCUCUUCUGUCCAAAUAUUGUAACUUAAAAAAAACACUUUUGGAGAUGGUCAGAUUCAGAAGUAGAAGUAGGAGACAACAUUACCGUUGCAUCUAAUAUUUAUUAUUUGUAGCCACAAUAUUUGUGACAUUAAUGUCAUGAAGCACAAAGUAGUUUAUAAAAAUAAAGUUGUUUCAGUUUCUUGGUUAUAAGAGGUCUUCCUCCAGCAAUAGGGCACUUUUUUGAGCAUAACUCCUCACUAAUAAACCCGUCUGUUACCCUGGUGCUAUUAAGUUAAAUGCAAGUGGAACCUAAAAGUCUGACACACUGCCAAAUUAUAUAGCUAGGGUGGGGACAGAAGUUUUAUAACUUAUGUAUUACAAAUUGCACUAAAAUUACUAGUAAAUUUUACAAGUAAAAAAUAUUUGUCCCAUGUUUUACACAUCUACUCAGAUUUCUCUAAUACCCAACCAAUCAUGGAGAGAAGAGGGCUAGUAUCAUUUAUGGAUUUAUUUAUCUUUAUUCCAGACAUAUUGGUCCAUAUCAGCUAUAAAGAAAAACAACUAUAAAAACUAUAUUUAAUUAAAAAAGGUACAGAGCAGUGUUUCCAAAAGUGGGAGGUAUGCCUUGUUUUACCUAACGUUGGCUGGGUCAGGGCUGUUACGAUGAUGGUUGAGGGGGUCUUGCUCAGCUCUCUCCAUGAUUGGUUAAAGAUCAGAGAAAUCUGAUUGACUCUUGACAAGACAUGUAAAAGGUGGAUGAAAUGUUUUGUAACCAAAAUGAACUUAUAUUUUCUGACUUGCAGAAUGAAUCUGUACUUGUUACCCUUACAAAUAUGAAUAUAUAAGUUAGAAAACUAUUAUCCCCAUGCCUAUGCUAUCUCCAUACCUAAUACUACUGCGUGCAACAACCUGAUUCUAUCUUCCAACCUGCUGAUAACUCAAUCAAAAAUCAAUUUAAGUGUAAUUUCUCAUUUCUGUUUGUGCCAAAGAUGAUUUCCUGAGUCAGAAUGAAAAUAUUUUAUACUAGUGUCUUUUCUGUGUUCGUUACCAAAACGUCCUUGAAAAACUGAAUAAAUCUUUUCUACAACAAUUUUCCACAGCACGUGUCAGUUUCUUAAGAUGUUUGCAGAUGUCGGGUCUCAUGUUUUUCAGACGAUCGCACCAUAUUUAAUGAUCUCUAAAUCAAGUCAGAGGCUCUGAUAUCUCU